CUCACCCAGCAGCAGGAUCUUGCACUCCUUCUUGAACUUGCGGCUGUCCUCCUCGAUCUGGCGAUCGAUGGCGGUGCUGCGCUCCUUCGCGCCCUUCUCGCCGCCAGACGACAUACAUGCGCCCAUGGCGAAUGCAGGACAAGCGCUAGAGCGCGUGCGAGAGCUAGAACCGUGCAGAGACGGGCACGAGGGCCUCUAGAUGCGCGGAAAGGGAUGCGCGAGGAGGAUGCAGGCGAACAGGGAGAGCCCGAAUGGGCGGGGUAUCGCGAGAGGAGACGCUGUGCUUGAGCUGGCGCCGGAGAGUCGAGCGACGAGUGAGACAGCGAAGCGCAGCAGCUGGACAGAUCCGAGCUCGAGUGCCGCUGGUGCGUGGAUGGCGCUGCGCACGCGAGGGCGGCAGCAGUCUCGACGCGUGCAAAGACGCAGUCUCUAGCAGCAGAGCAGCGUGCGGCGAGCGCAGACGAGCUUGGAUGGAGCUGCAGUCGCAGCGUGUGCUGACGUCGCGACUCUGCUGCGUGGACGUGCGGCGCUGUCUACGCGAGCUGCGCUGGCGCUGCGGCUGCGGCUGCGGCUGCGGGCGCUGCUGCUCUGGGUGCGAGCGGAGACGCGUGCGUCGGGCGGAGCAGCGCGCUCUGAGACGGAGCGGUUGGAACGUCGACUACCCGGCGCGGCGCAGGCAGACGCAAUGCGGCGGCAGCAGCGCAGAUGGAGGGACGAGGCGACGGCGGGAAGCCGGUGCGACGCGGCGGCGAGCGGAGAGGAAGCGCGCGAAGCUGGUGCGCGCGUGUGUGCGGGCGCGGCGUGGAGCAGAGCGCGGGCGCGUCGGGAGCCGGCGAGCGUGAGAGAGACGUGAGGCUGCGCGUGGAGAGGUGCGAGAGGUGAGUGGUGAGAAGGAUGGAGACGCGGCGAGACGAGGUGAGCGAGAGGAGCGCAGGGUGCAGGCCGGGCCAGGGCAGAGGCAGCGUCGGGUAGCG